AAAAAUUAUGAUUUACAUUAUCCUACUUAAUACAUCAAAAUAACUUAGAAAGUUAAAAAGCGAAAUACAUAAAUGAUCCCUCCAAGUUGUCCACAACGGUCAUUUGAACACCUAACUGACCUAUUUAUCAAGUAGACACCUCAAAUUAUUUUUUCAGUGUAUCUCUUAAACCCUUCAAAGUGACAUGGCAAAAUGCAUGUACUACACUCGCAUUGAAGCAAGUGAAACUUUCAAAAUUGUGUUUAUUUCUUUUCUUUUUUAAUUUAACUGGUGGAGCCCAUUUUUCCUCACUCUUUCUCAAGUAAGAAGUUGCUUUCUUUGAGUGAUUUUGUUGUAAGAAAGUUUAGAACCAGGCAACCAAGUAUUGCCAGGGUUAUCAAAACUUUGCCAAAGUGGUAGUGUUGAAUUCGAACCAUCUCUCAAGAUUAAAUUACCAUCAUCCCGGAGAACUGCUACCACAUAAUUGGACUUGUUUGAACUGAUAUUUGUGGACCAAAUUGAAGUAUUAGACCCAUUAACCAGUACCAAAUUACCAUCUAAGAUUUUUAGCUCUGCAGAGCUUUUAUCAGAAAUUGGUGUUCCCUGUUUGCAACCCAAACAGGAGUUUGUUCAGUCACUUUUUUGUACCAUAUGCCUGUGUAAUAGUUGGAACUAUUACCCGGUCUGAAGAAUCCCAUCACAAUUAAUGGAGCUCGCCGGAACAGAUUUUCCGGCAAAAAUUCUGCUAGCAAAUAAGGUCAACGAACAACGACGCUACUGCCACUGUUACAUCGGCUACUUCUAAAACCCGACUCAGAAGCAAAAACAACAGACCCUAAAAAUUCGAAAUUUUGCAGCAACAUGGACGAUAGACAGGGAGUGGUUCAUGAUUGUUGCCGGCGGUCAUGGCUGUUGCCCGCGGUCAUGGCUAUUACCGGCGUCAAUGGCUGUUUGGAAACGGUUGAAGGCACUUCGAGGAGGAAAGGGUCGUUUGGACAGAUGCAGCGGCGCCUUGGAGAGGAGGUUGGGUGACUGGAAUUCUUAGGGGGAUUAGGGUCUGCUCUUGGUUGAAGAAGAAGAGGGGGUGGCUGGGAGGGGUCUAGGUCUCUAGGGUUUAUUUAUUAUUAUUGUUUUUUUUUGUUUUUGUUUUAUAAUAGGUGACAAAUUUUUUAAUUAAAAUUACACGUGGCAUUUUCUCAUUGGCAAAAUGUACACGGAUUAAAUGUCAUCAUUCUUUAGUUUUGAGUCAAAAAGAAUCUAAACUAAAAAUAGCACUUUUGACAAUCCGAGAGAGAAAGAGAGAGGGAGCAAGAUUACAGGAAACACAAGGCAUCUAUCUAUAAAAGGAAGUAUUUUUCUAUUGUUGCAACGUUAAUAGAAAAAUAGCUAAACGAUAUGCUCAUCAGUUUCAGAGGCAAAGCUGUAGCUGUAUCCACAUUUCAGGGUUUCAAAUCCCGAUUUGUCUAUUCAACAAGCGCUACACCUGCCCCGACCCAUUUCUUGGUGAAAUACCUGGUUGAUUCACUAGGAUUUUCCAAACAAGAAGCAACCUCUACAUCUUCCAAGGUAACUUCAUUCAAAACCUUUAAGAAUCCCGAUUUAGUCCUCAAUUUCUUCAUACAAAGUGGUUUGGACAAUACCCAGAUUAAAAAAAUAGUUUCUAGAGAACCCACAUUGCUAUUACGUGAUGUUUCCAAAUUCCAGUGCCUUAUGGAUCUUGGGUUAUUCGGGUCCGACCUGGUGAAUGUAAUUGCUAAAGAUAUAACAAUUUUUGAUCGAGGUUUAGAUACUCAUUUGAGACCUACCAUUGAUUGUCUUAGGAAAACCUUGGGCACUGAUGAAAAUGUAGUUAAGGCUAUAAAGAAAACUCCUUGGUUGCUUUCUUUUGGUUCUCAUCAUACUAUUGAGGCUAAUGUGUUAUUGUUGAAAAAAGGUGGUGUUUCUGAUGUGAAGCUAAAAACACUUGUGCUUAGAAAUCCUAGGUAUAUUAUCCAAAAGACUGAGUGGGUUAAGGAUUUGUUGCAUAGGAUGGAGAAGGAUUUCCGAGUUCCGCUUCACUCUCCUAUUUUUCCUUACGGAUUUCAUACGUUAGCCUGUCAAAGGAAGUCUACAUUGGAAAGAAAGAUUGGAAUUUUCAAGAGUUUUGGAUGGUCUGAUAAUGAUAUACUCGAGAUGUUCAGAAAGCUACCGCUUUGUUUUACUCAGUCAGAGGUUAGAAUUAAGAAAGCAUUGGACCUUUACAUGAAGGAGCUUGGUUCCGGACCUGCUUACUUAGCUUCUCAUCCUGCAAUUUUGGUCUAUAGUCUGGAAAAAAGGGUGAUACCUCGGAUGCAAGUCUUGAAAAUUUUGGAUGAAAAGAAGCUUAAGAGGAGAAAGUGGAGUCUUUAUCCUGUGCUGAUGUUAACAGAGUCAAAGUUCAGAGAGUAUUUUGUGCUGCCCUACAAGGAUCAGAUACCUGAUCUGUAUGAACCACACAUGAAAACUGUGGCUCCUUAACAGUUAUGGUCAGUGUUAACAAGAGUCAUUACUGUCCCAAUAAAGCAAACAUAUCAUUAUAGUAUUGUUUGUCAUUUCAGUUUAUUUUUCUUUCCAGUGACUAUGCGUUUUCCGGAGAAAGGCACCAAUAUAAGUAUCUCUAGUAUUUGAUAAACAUCUAGCUAGCUCAUAAACAUCUCUCUUUAUGUCUUAAAUGCCUUACUUUAUAAGAAAAAGUGUAUCUCUUUA